GGAUAACCUCACUUUCGAACAAUAAAAAAGAAAAAAGAACUGUCAAGUGAAAAAAGUGCAUCUCAGUGGAAAAUAUUGAGAUAAACGGACAGUGACGACUAAUUUUAUUAAUGGUGAAUGGAUCCCAGCAAAAUAACAAGUUUGGCAAAGCUCCUGCGCGACAAUGGGAACAAAAUCAUCACUGGAGAAGCCAAGCUAACGCUUUCAGCUUCCCUCAUCCGCGCCCUCAAUGACUCAUUCAGCCUGAUAGUGGACGAGAAUGCAGACAAAUGCUCUCCACACACUUUCUACGUCUGCAAGCCCAACUACUCCAAAUCUGACGUCUUCCGAGACUUGCAGUUUAUCUUUGAUUUUGUCCAGAAAACCAUCCAUCUGAGUGUCAAUCAGUUGCACGGAGAUGAUCAGACGGAUGAUAUUGUGGACCUGACAAAUUUCCGUGCACUAGAGAAGCUGGAAAUCAACAAGGUUAGUCUGAGGAAAUUUCGCGGGAUUCAGAGAUUGAGGGCUCAACUCCAGGAGAUUGUUUGUGUGAAGUGUCUGUGUUCGAUCCGGGAAGUGAUACGCGAUUGCGGAGGAGACAGUUGCAAUGGGUUUGUGUGGAAUGAGUUGAAAAGUGCCAAUUUCUCCGGGAAUAUCCUGAAAUCCCUAGACAGAUCCCUGGAACUAACACCAUGGCUGCAAAAUCUCACUCUCAGUCACAAUCAAUUGGAGAAAAUCCCUGAAAUCCGACUCCUUCCCAAUCUCAAAAUCCUCGAUGUCAGCUACAACCUCCUGUCAGCCAUGCCUGAGUUCCAUCCCGAAGCCUCCAGGCGUCUACAAAUCCUCAAUAUGAGCAACAAUCUCUUGGAAAAUGUCACAGGAGUCUCGUGCUUAGAUGGCCUCUAUGAAUUGGAUGUGGGUGGAAAUUUUCUAAUUGACCAUUCAAGCCUUCUGCCACUCUGCACUCUGGCUGCUCUGAGAUAUCUCAAUCUCAGAGGAAAUCCCCUGGCUUUUCACCCGAAGCAUCGUGAGGCCACUUCGAGGUAUCUCCAUGGGAAUACAGCUUCUAUCAAAUUUGUCCUGGACAGCAGUCAUCUCAAUAAGUACGAGAAGGGCCUCACGGGCGCUUACAGCAGUUACCAUCCCAUCCUUAUGAGAUCAGCCGUGCCAGAGAGCUCCUGGACCAUUCAAUCCAGACGGAAUCCCAAUGAGGGCUCCUCCGUGGCCACAAGUCUCGGCUCAACCAGCAGCUUCCAGAUCACAGUUGAUGUGCCCCUGGACAGAUCCAUUGCAGAGUCCACGAGCAGUCACAGAAAACUGAGAGUCAGAAAUGCACAAAUAUCAGACAAUCCUGAACCCAAAAGCAAUAUUGCUGACAUCGAGGCCACAAUUGAAGGCCGAAAUAAAGAACAUUUGAAGACAAAAGAGCAAAUUGAGAACUUGAGGAAGCAAUUUGGAGAUUCAUGGCUUCAUCGGGAAGGGGCUGAUCUUGUAAAAAGUGUCAUUGGUGGUUUUCCUGAAGAUAGUCGUGCCCCUGAGAGUAUAUUGGAGAAAAAUGCUCUUGUGGCUGAGUUAUAUUCUGAGCCAUUGAUUGCUGAACCAAGAUUGGAGGUCAAAGAAGAAACGGCCAAGCAAUCUACACCUAAAGAUGAGAGUAUUCUUUCUCGUCAGAGUCCUUCGGAAUCGCCUAUUCAGAAAAUGGAAAAUGCUGAAGACAGCUCGACAAGAGAUUCAGACAAUCUUGAGACAAUUUACAAAUCAGCCAAAAGCAAUCCCGGAAUUGAGAUUACAAGUGAUUUUGCGUCUAUGACUGAAGAAGAAUCCGAUCCUGAAGAUAAUGAAGUGGCCUACUUUGUCACUCGAGUGUCCAAUGAUCAGGAAGUUCUGCUGAUUGUCUCGGAUUUGAGCAUCAAGGAAAAGAAUCGGAAAACAAAACAGACUCUCUUCCGGUGGAGCUUAAAAUCCGUGGAGAGUUGUGAGAGGACACGAUCUGAUGUCCUAAGGAUAAAUUUCAAUACAAUUAAAAAAGAUCGCAAAGAGAGAAACUACAGAAUGCCUCUGGAUUCAUGUCAGAAGCUCGAAGGCUAUCUCAGAGACAUCCUGGCCAGUAGACCACUCUCUGAAAUGAAUCAAAUUGUGUACAAAUGUGCCAAUUGUACAACACAAUUCUGCCAGGAAACUGGAAUUCUUCAGAACAUUAAACGUGAUAUUUUCUGUCCAGAGUGCAAAAGUGAAUUUGUGAUUGAGAUGCACGAGUCCCCACCUCAGAAAGAGCCUUCACUGGAUUCUCAGGCAACUCCUGUCCAAGUGGCUAGUUCUGCAGAAGCUGCAACAGAUCAAAAUAGCAGCAUUGCACUGGCGAAGGAUCUAAGGAGAUCACCACUUAACACCAAAUUAAGAUCAGCAGGAUCCAUAAAUGAGUCGUCUUCAUGCUCAAAGAUCUCCAAUAAUGGAUCUUUCGAUUCGAAUCAAAGUGUUGCUGGGAGUUCAACGUCUGAACGUGAUCGGGAUCCAGAUGUUCAUCUCUCGUCCAGAUUCAAUGCUGAGAGUGAUGUGGAGAUUCUCAGCAAUCCCAGUCAGAGUAGCAUUGAAGUGUUGGACAGUAGCAAAAAUUCCAGUCGAAAGCAUUCUGAGGAGAGGAAGAUUUCCCAUGUGCCCAGCCUGGAGACAAUUACUGAUCACAACAGCUUUAAAGGGGAAACGGUUGUUGAGGCUGGAAUUGCUUUGGGGGCAGAAGAGAAGCCUCGGGGGCAUCUGGCCGAGAAGAAAGAUCUAAUAAGGCAGACAUUUCUCAAUUUGACUGAGAGUAGUUCGUCAGGAUCAAUCACAGACAGCAUAUGCACGGCUUAUGAGCAUAGUCAGGAAGCUGAAGAGCAUAAGCAUCUCUCACCUGUGGAAGUCAUCUCAGAGGAGAACAACAGGACCCAAACAUCCAUCUUUGAUUUUCUCACAUCUUUCGCAACGACAAAUAAGAUUGACGGCAUUGUGAUGCCAAUUACUGAUCCUUUCAAGUUCACUUUUGAUGAUUUUGGCAAUGUUGACCAUCGGAUUCAGGUUUAUCUGUAUCAACAUAUUUUCAUGGAGAAUUCAGAGAAGUUGCUGUGGGUUGUGCGUUGUCGCUUCUGGGAUGAGAGGGCAUCCACAGAAUGGGCUGAUGGGAUUGUUGUCAUGUCCACAGUCAGAUUCUACACAUUUCUCAUCACAGCGGAGGAAAACGAUGAUCCCUCCAAGUGGCUCAAGAAAAAUGCUCAUGUGCCCGUUGAGGAGAUGAAGUCUAUCAGAAGUCUUCCCUGGAGCGUUGGAGUGACUUUUAGUACUCGCAAUUUGUCCAAUGUGCAUAUUCUGCUGCGGGAUUCACGUCGAACGCAGUCCUUCUUCAAAUUCCUUCAGACUGCCAGCAAUUGUCGUCCCGUGGGAUGCUCAGUUGUGGCUGAGAACAGGGAAGACUUGUUGCAGAGCUAUCAGAAUGAAUCUAUUCGUACUUUUGCAAUCUUUGAGGCAUGUGAGAGGCGCGUGGAUGAGACAAAGACGAUGAUGACACUGGGAGGUCUUCUGAUCACUGAGAAGACUUUUCAUUUGACAUCAGCGGGACACAAGUGGAUGACAGAAAAGGGGGAUUCGGCUGUGGGAGUGAUUCAUACGCAACUUCUCCAGGAUAUGGUGGAACUGGAGCCAAAGGGAGAGAUGGAAUUCAUCCUGAAUUUUCUGGAUGAACGCGAAAAUAAGUGUGAGCAAUGGUUCCUGCGAUUUGCCACUCCGGCCGUCGUUCAGGAUGUUCUGGAAGCCAUCCGGGAGCCCUGGGAGAGACUCUUCGAAGUGCCUCUCGUGUGACAUUCGUAGCAUCAUUUAAUUCAUUUUAACACACACAAAAUAUAUAUUUUCUGUUAUUUCA